AUGCAGAUACAUAUUCGGUCUCAAGAUCUGAUUGAGGGACCACGCGAGAAGUUUUGCGCAACAAUGUUGAGUCGCGUCAUUUUUCUGAUUUGUUGUAUUUUAAUGGGUGAUAUCGUGAUAGCGUCGAAACCAUUGUCGAUUUUAGUGGUAGAGCCUAGCCACCACGUCUGGACGGAGCAUUUGGUUAAAGGACUACUUCGCAAAGGUCAUCAUGUACACGCAGUCAGCAUAUUAGAGAUUAAGGUCAAGGGUAAACUCGCGCAGAAUUUAACAUACGCCGUUUUCGAUGAUCUAAUGGAUACUUAUGAUGAAUCUAAUAAAUAUGACCCACUUGAAUGGCAGAAGUAUAGCGUAUUUUAUACGGCAUAUUUUGUAUAUCAGUGCGGUAUUAACGCAUGUGACACAAUGAUAAAAAUUAAAACAGCGAGAGAUCUUUUGAAAGUAAUUAAAACAGUCGAGUUUGACGUAAUAGUGCAAGGCGUUACUGCAAUUCAAUGUUUCUACGGAUUAUGGGAGGUAAAGCGAUCAACUUUAGUAAAUUUUAAUUGUUUAGACUAUUUUGAAAUUGCAUACGACUUAGCAAAGUUGCCUCUUAAAUCGA